AAAACUUCUGGUUUCAAAUCAUGGCAACUUCAAAACCUCAUGUUCUAAUAAUACCUUAUCCUGCACAAGGUCAUGUGAUUCCUAUAAUGGAGCUUGCUCAAUGUUUAGUUAAACAUGGAAUCAAAGUUACAUUCAUAACCACAGAGGCCACUCACAAGCUCGUGACAAGCAACGGGUUAGACCAAGAUGGAUUAGGGGAUCUAAUGCAAAUGGUCUCGAUCCCUGACGGGUUAGAACCAUGGGAAGACAGGAAUGAUGUUUGUAAGUUGACAAGGUCAAUAUUACAAACCAUGCCCGGCAAGCUGGAACAACUUAUAAUGAUGAUUAACAAAGAAGAAAGCAACAAAAUAACGUGUGUUAUUGCUGAUGGCUGCAUGGGAUGGGCUGUAGGAGUGGUAAAGAAGAUGGGAAUUAGAAGUGCAGCCUUCUGGUCUGCCUCAGUUGCUACAUUGGCCUCCAUUUUCUGCUUUCAGAAAUUAAUUGACGACAGAAUUAUAAACGAGAAUGGAAUACCUCUAAAUGGACAGAUGAUUCAACUCUCAGAAACCCUACCACCUAUGAAACCUGAGAACCUCGGAUGGACGAGCUUCGAGGAUGUGGCAACAAUAGAAGUCAUCUUCAAACUGCUAAUAGGAGCUGAAGAAGCUUAUAGAAUGACCGAAUGGUUUUUAUGCAACUCAACUACUGAGUUGGAGCCUGAAGCAUUUAGCUUGUACCCAGACUUGUUGCCAAUAGGUCCUCUUUUGGCAAGCAACCGGCUUGCAAACCAAGCAGGCCACUUCUGGAAAGAAGACCCCUCCUGCUUAGCAUGGCUUGAUCAAAAACCAGAACGGUCCGUCAUUUAUAUUGCAUUUGGGAGUUUCACUAUUUUUAACCAAACCCAGUUUAAAGAACUAGCGCUAGGUCUUGAACUUAGCAACCAGCCGUUUCUAUGGGUUGUGCGGCCCGGUCUGACCAACGAAAGUACUACAGCUGCUUUCCUAGACGGUUUCAUGGACCGAAUCGGGUCUCGUGGAAGAAUUGUGAGCUGGGCACCUCAACAGAAGGUCUUAGCUCAUCCUUCUGUAGCUUGUUUCAUGAGUCACUGUGGUUGGAACUCUACUUUAGAGGGUGUGACAAAUGGACUGCCGUUUUUGUGUUGGCCAUACUUUACUGAUCAGUUCUAUAACGAGACUUAUAUUUGUGACGUAUGGAAGGCUGGAUUAGGGUUUAAGAAAGAUGAAAAUGGUAUCAUCACUCGAGGGGAAGUAAAAGAUAAGGUGGAACAGCUACUCGGUGACAAAACAUUCAGAGACAAGGCCGUGGUUAUUAAAGAAAAGGUUACAAGUAGUGUUCGGGAAGGCGGAUGCUCACACCACAAUCUUAGCAGUUUUAUCAAGUGGAUUCAUGAAGAGGACCAAGGAUCUGUUGGGUAGUUAUCGAUCACAAAGGGAGUCAUCCGGAUAAUAGCAAUAUUUCCUAGUUUUUCGAAUUUGUAUUUGAGUCUAAUUUAGUUUAUUAUC